CAAAUGUGUACUUCCGCUAAUGGCCGACAGGAGAUAUAAACUAUGAUACGUUGGAUUAAUAUGGAGUUAACUAGUUUUUGGACGGUUAAUGCAAACAGAUGACAAGUUACAAUUCAUCUGAAAGCCAGGGAAUGUCGCGUUCAAAUAUGCUCUCACCAGAGGCGAAAGAGUUUAUCCCUCGGCAACAACAUGAUCCUGCCCCUGAUGGUGGUGCCCACGAUGAAUCGGGAAUCCCCACCCCUGCAGGAGAUGGACUUCUCGGCCCGGCCCCUGAAGGGCUGCUUAAUUCUCCGCCCAUUAAUGGUCUGCCUGGUUAUGUGACUACGUGUUACCCUUUUGUGCCCGCUGGUGAUGGCAGGUUUUCCGGAAAUCGGAAUCGAUUUCCAGGAAAGUAUGAUCCACGGGACAUUGCGGUUCCACAGUUUUUACCGGGUAUGCCGCGAAAUCGGUUCCCCAACCCAGGCAGUAAAGGGUUUAAUAUCGGGGCCUGGAACCAGUCAGGAGUGGGCGAUGUUUUCCCUAACUACGGGGCAGUUCCCCAUGUGCCCAGUGGUAUGACAUUUGAUGGGGGAACAUAUCAGAAUGGAAUGAGGCCCAUGGGGUUUCCACAGAUGUACAUGCAGCCAGGUGGUCGCAUGGUCAAUGGCAUAGUAGACCCCAAUAAACACCACAAAAAUAAUAUACAGGAAGAAAAGCCGUCAACAGAAAUAGUGGAGACAACAGACAAUUCUAGAACCAUUAUUCUUCAAACAGAUUUCCCAAGCCAUAUAGCUGACUCAUCACUAGACGAUCUUCCAAAUUCCUUGUACAACACCAAGAGUUCAACAAAGACAGAAAUGGUCCCAGAUUCCUCGCAUGCUCAACAAAACCUUCAUUAUACACCAAGCCAGCUGUCCCACAAUGCAUCAGACCACCCACAAUUAGUUUCCCCUGUUUCUGCUGAGUCAUUGAUGACAUCAUCAGUUUGUGUGGAUCACAUGAGAGGAAGUGAGGGUCAUGUGACCUUUGCUUUAAAUUCUAACAUACCUGUUAGUGCAUUUUCUGGUGGAUUUCAUAGCUUGGAUGCAAGCUCGCAACAAUAUUUAUACCAGAACAAUGCUAAUGGAUCUAUGCAGUAUUUUCCGGGGGUGUCAGUGCCUUAUACAGGUCAAGGUGAUAAUAUGUCAAAUUCGUCCAGAAAUUCAUAUGCAAGUGUUGCUCAAAAUGGGCCUAGUCAGAUUAAGUCUUAUAUAAAUGAUUCUGUUGCCAAGGCAACCGGUGAUCAGAAAACCUGUGAUAAUGGCAAUAGUGCAGAAAAUUCUGGCAAAAGGGUUCCUAAACCGGGAGCUAAGUCACGGUACGGUAGUGUUAAUAUUCUGGAUAUUAUGCAGGAUUUAGAGAGAGCCGACAAAGAGAAGAAAGAUGGAAAAACAGGGUCAAAAUUGACUAAAACUUCAACAAGUGCUAAUGAUAGUAAGAUAGAGCAUACACACACUAUAUCAUCUACUAGCUGUUCUGUGAUCUCACAAACGGAUAUUUCAACAACAACAACAGCAACUACAAUGACUGCUACAACAACAUAUCCAGAUACCAAUGAUGAUAGUAACAAUGUGAAAGAGAUUCACCCAAACUUGAUGCAAGCUCCCCCCGAUGCAAUUAAUUUCAAUCCCAGUGUCCACCAUCAUCAAACUUGGCCAUAUGCUUGGCCUAAUGGUAAUAAAGAAAUGGGGAAUUUAUAUCAUCUGCAGAAUGGCAUGAAAUUUGUUCAAAACAUUGAAAACAUGCCAUGGCAGUCAUUAUAUGCCCAGCAAGCCUUAUUACAUAAUCAGCCACUUCAUGGGGGUAUUAGUUUUGCGGACAUCGUGAAAACUCAUCAACCGCUGCAAGUUCAAGGUCAAAAUCAGGUUCCGGGUCAAAGUGAUAAUAAUAACAAUAUGGAAGGAGAAGUUAAGAAAAGGAAGCGACGACGAAGACGACGGAAAAAGAAAGGUGAUGCGGUCGCUAAUAAUGACGCGGAAGUUGAGGAUGCUGUUUCAGGUGCUAAUGAUGACGAGGUAACUCUUCACUUUGAGGAUGAGCAAGAGUUCCCUGACCUUGGGGUGUCGGAGGGCGAGAUCGAGCGCCAACAUGUCCCUGUCAACACCCCAACCCUCGUGGCCUAUAGUGAGACUCUGAAAAAUAAUACUCCCGUGCAAUCUACCUGGUCUUCACAGGAUGAAUCUUGUACCCUCUCCACAGUUGAAAUGACAUCAGCCCAGGCUGCUAAAGAGAGCCGGACGUCGAGGAAGCGACGGAAACGACGGGAGGUUGCCAACAAAGCUGCGGAAGCUGAAAUGGCGGAGAUAAACCUUGAACAACACAUGCUGGAACUCAAGAUGAAACAGAAACUGCCGCUUAGUGCAAGGAAAUCGGUCUCCCCUGUACGAAACGCUGCUACACAAGGUGUCUGGAAGCUUGCUCCAUCCAGCCCGACCAGUCAGCCAUCACCUUCAGGGAAGAAAGUUUGUCUCGUGCUGCCUGGAACUGUUGCACAAGAGCCCGCUCACUCUGCCCCACUACAGCCUAGCACUGCUGUAAAACAGCCAGGUAUAUUGAAAACAUCAAGCCAGCCCCCAGUUCCCACCCCCUCCACUAGCAAUACAACAGGGACCACUAGCCCCGCCCCUGGAGCAGGAGGAAAGAAGUCCAAACAACCAAUCACAUACGACUUCGCAGCAAUGAUUGAUGCUUCCCUGGAGAGUAAGAAAGAACAAGCCAAAAAGGAGAAGGAGGUCAAGCCCGUGGUCAUUAAGAAGGAUGAUCUUAAACCCGUAAACCAGUUGGAUUCCAGUGCCCCUAUGGUGAAGCGUGGGAAGGAGAGGGAAACGCCAAAACUGAAGAAGCCCAGCCCACUGAAGAAGGUAAUCCUGAAAGAGAGAGAAGAAAAGAAACGGCUGAGAUUAUUGGACGACGAAGACAAUCAGAGCAUGCCUGUUGCAAUGUUCCCCAAUUCACCGAUAAGUGCCCCUGUGGGGAUUGGUGUGGUCAGUGGCUGUGAGUCGGACUUCUCACAGGAUGGAAACAGCAGCAGUUAUCGGCAAACAGACAUAAUUGGCCUUGGAACGCCCAACAGUGCAGAGUUAUCUCCCAUAAGUCAGCCUUCACCUAGCUGUAUGAGCCCUCUGUCACCAGGAACCAGUCCACUGAGCUCAGGACUAACCAGUCCAAUGACGGGGUCAAUACAGCAUACAGUAAAGUUGAAAAUUCACAGUCGGAGGUUUAGAGAGUACUGUAACCAGGUUCUAGAUAAGGAGAUUGACAACAGUGUGAUUGCCUUACUUCAAGAUCUUGUCAGAUUCCAGGAUAAACAAUACCAUAAAGACCCUGUGAAGGCAAAGGCCAAGCGCAGAUUUGUUUUGGGGCUAAGGGAGGUAACAAAACACCUGAAACUGAAGAAAAUCAAGUGUGUUAUUAUCUCCCCUAACUUGGAAAAGAUCCAAUCGAAAGGUGGACUUGAUGAUGCCCUAAACAACAUCUUGGAGCUGUGUAACGAUCAGAGUGUUCCGUUUAUCUUUGGACUCGGUCGCAGGGCCCUGGGUCGAGCUUGUGCAAAACUUGUACCGGUUAGCGUUGUGGGCGUCUUUAACUAUGAAGGCUCUGAGGAGAACUACAAGUCUCUCAUUGGCCUAACUGAGCGAGCACGAGAACAGUAUCGUGAAAUGAUCCAUCAGAUUGAGAAAGAAGUCGCCGAGCACCCACCAAGGGCAACAACUCCGGGCGUUCCACAUAUUUUUGCCCACAUGGGUCACUCUAGGACGCCAAGUGGGUGCAGCGUGAUAUCGUUCACAUCAAGUAUUUUAUCGGAACCGAUUUCCGAGAAUUACCCACAUUCAGAACCGGAGACAGACAAUCGAGGUUAUGAGAUCGAAAAGGAUGUCGAUGAGUUGGAAGAUGAGAUGAGCAACUUACAAACUGACGAUGCUUAUGAAGCAGAUGAUGAAGAAGGUUUUGUAAGAAAGAAGAAAAAGUUUGUACCACGAAAUAUCGAAAAUCCGACGAAACUGCAAAAUGGCCAUGCUCAUUCGGAUGACGAUGAUAACGACUCUGAACUGAGCGAUGGUCAAAGAGUUAGACUCUCAAAUUUGGAAAGUGCUUCAGGAAAAGUAAUAAGACGACCCAGUAUUUUGAAAAAUUCGGCCGAAUGGUUGAAAAAUCGUGGAAAAGAUUUUAUUGAUAAUAAUGUUAAUAUUACAAAUGGGACUGACGAAGAAUUUCAAUCAUUACCACAGAAUGGUGACUUAGUCUCUAGUCAACAAAACCAUAUAAUGGAUAAUACUAACAUAUUAAAAAAACAAGACCUCAUAAAAGACCAUAUUCAUGUAAAGACCUCUGAGUAUGGUGCGAUGAUUCCGAGUACAAAGUCAUUUCAUAAUGUUGACGAAAAGCUGGUUGUCGUAAGCAAUGGUGAUAUUGUGUCGUCUGACAGCAGUGCGAACUUUCAGACUUGUAACGAGGAUUCUGACUUUGAUCGAGAAAACAAGGACACAGUAUCAAGGUUACCGACGAAGUUUAUGGACUCCGUACAUCAUGGAGAUUUUGUGUCUGAGACUUUGUCAACGUUGUCACAGUAUUCGGCAACGACGGGGGAAUUUGACGUUAUGUCGACACAUUCAACAACCCACUCGUCGCAAACAAUCGGUGAAGGAACUCCACAUUGUAGUAACAUAAACGAGAAAGGUGAACGAUCAAGCGUGUCUGACUUGAUUGAUAAGAAAAGCAUUGAUCUGAUAAGCCAGGGUGGAUCCAAUGCAAGCAUGAACAGUGGGAUGAUACUUAAAGGCAAAGUGAAGGUCGAUAAGGAGAAUCGAACACUCUCUUGGGUGAAGGAAGCUCAAACAUUGCAUUUUAGCGAACAGGCAGAGCAACCAAGGGAGAAUGAAGAUGGUUUGAGUGUUUCAGCCGGAUUGGAAUGUGUCGAUGCUGUAGUUUGAAGAUGACAAAAAAUUGGGCAUUCGUGGUUUUGUGUUGAGAUACUGUGGAAGAAAUAUUCAUGUAUUACGGUAUGGAAAUGAAAAAGAAACAUUUGUUUUGGAAUGAUAGCCAUUCAGUUUGGGAUUUGCAAAGGAGGAAGGACUUCAUUGUGGCUUGAAAGCAAAUGACAUUGAAAAUGGCGUUGAUUUUUGCUCAUUCAGAUAGUGAAAUUGCUUGGUUGAGAUGGUUAUCUUUGGAUGAGGUCAUCAGGUUUCGUGAUAAUAUUAUUGUAAAAUCGGUGAUCGUUGAAUUUAAAGAUAUUAAACCAUCAGUGUGAUAAAAAUGGUUGAUCUGAAAAAAAGACAGACACGAUCGAUAUAAGGAUGUUGGAUGUUCAGUUCAAGUUCUAACAAUCCUAAGUUUUGGACCAACUUUGUGAGGAAAUGUUGUGAAAUAAAUAUCACCUAAGUUAUCUUUGAACAAACUUGAUAGGAUGUUAGAUGGAAAUACUGUUAGCACCUUGGUGUUUGAACCUUUAACUUGAAAUGGAAAGAAACGGGAAGGAAAAGAUACUAUCCUCUCACAGUCAAUCCCAGGCUGUCUCCAAGAGUAGCUGUCCCUAAAGCAGCCUCAAUGCCUCAGAAAUUCAGCAUUUCCAAAGUGGGAUUCUAGUUUCCCCUGUUCAGAUUGUGUAAAAACUCAUAAAGAAUAAAUAUGUGUGGCCACGGUGCGUUGGAAAGUCAACAUUUCCAGUGUGGGGUUUGAAUUUCCUCAGUUGAAAUUGUGAAAAAAUCGGAGAGCACAAAUACCAUCAAUUCAAAGUCAAUCCAAAUGUGUUUUGGAGGCAAGAGUAUUUCCUUAAGAGGCGGCGAUGCUUCGGAAAAUCAACAUUUUCAAUAUGGGAUUAAAAUUUCCUCAAUUAUGAUUGUGUUAAAAAAGAAAAAUGAAAAAGCAUGAACUGAGUCGGCCUAAAACUGUUUCUUACGAAUACUCAAGAUUUACAAUGUGGGAUUUUGAAUAUGUAGGAAACUUAUGCAAUGAUUUACGCUGUAGACUUCGUUUACUUGAUUCUGGGAUUUGUGAUAAAGGAAAACAUUCAUUUUGUAACUAUAUUUUUCUGAAACAACGUUAUUAUUAGCUACGUGAUUGUUUAUUGGGUUUAUAUGAAAUUCAUUCAAAGCCUUAAUGGUGAAAAAUGAUUUUUUUUUUUUCGUUUUGCUCAUUUAAGAUGUUAUAUGAUGCAAAAUAUUAUCAUUAUUUCCCUGAUCAUCAUUAAUUUUAUUAGAUGCAUUCACACAGUGAAUAUUUUGAUUGACCUAUAGUUAACUAACAUUUAAACUGGUCAUUUUUUUUUGAGAUGCAUUGAGACUUUUGACACUUUUUUGGGACGAUACCUAAUUUAUUGUGUAGAUAUAUUCAGGAAUUUCCCUGAUCCAGAAAAUCUGAGUCUCUGACGCAAUCUUAGAGCUAGGAACUCCUGGCACAUGUAAACUUAUAUUGGAACCCUAUAGUAUUACCAGAGCAGCCCAAUUUGUCAGCCAGGAAUGUCUUUGGACCCCAAGUUGGAAAGGACAAGGGAUAACCAAAUGUCUCAGGGGUUACGUCAAUGUAUUCAUCAUAUGUGUUUUAUCAAUGCAACCUCUGAUUACAUCAUACAAACUGGGAGAAAAAUAUUUGUGAAUGUAGUUUUAAGCUCGCCCUUUUUUCUUGAAACACAAAAGUUGAGUUAUUGUCAACAUAGCUUCGGUUUUGUUAUCAUUGGUGCGGAAGUGCAAAAACUCAUGACGGAGUUAUUCAAAUGUAACUUGGCACAUAUGUUGCCAGAGACAAUACGCGCAUGUAAAGCAAGGCCAAUCACUCUGGCUAGCUAUGCUCCUUUUUUUCAAAGUUCUGGAUCAAAAGAUAAACAUUGGCAUUCUUCUGCAGUGCGCUUAUUAAAGAAUGACUGCAUCUUUGUUUGCUUCAAUAACCAUGUGUACAUGACAACAACCCAAUAGCUCAUCAAUAUUUACUUCUGCUCAUUUCUUAUUAAACAUGACUUUCUGUGAAUUUUGUGGGGGUAUAUUUGAUUUUAGGUAAUGUUUCUAUUACCAUGAUGUAUAUGGUUAUUAUGGUGAGACUUGUCUUAUAGGGGGACAAUAGAGGUUGACGCAAAAAUUAAUUUUUUAAUUUUUUUUAAUGCGUUUCUAUGAAUAACUCAUUUUUCUUUUAUAAUCAAAUCAAAACUAAUAUAUAUGAUUUGCAUACAGAUAUAAAGAGUAUAACCAUUUAUAUAAAAAUUUAUCGGGUCUGUAAUAAUCCAUAUAACAUAGAGAUAGAGUUACGCAGAUUAUAUAGACAAAGAAGGGUUUUGCGAAGCGCAGAUAACAUACACAAAGAAGGCCAUGGACAUACGCAGAUAACAUAUAAUAAGAAGGAUUUCUUUAAACAUAUUUUUUCAAUUAAUAGCUUAGUGGCCACAAUACCCUAGGAAAAAAACAACAAAAUAUUGACAAGAAAUUUAAAAAAUAAAUCCUACUUUUUGUUUUCAUCUUUAAAAUCAAAAGAAUUAAACAAAUAAUUCAUUAGAAUAAAGAUAAAAGAAUGCAUCAACCUCUAUUGUGCCUCUUCGAUACUACACCUGUCGCUGGGUUAAUGUUGUGAAUGUACUAAGUGGCAUUACACUAAAAUAAUCUUCUGGUGCCUUCUGACAUUAUUACCCAACUUUUUGUUGUUAAGAACCGUUUUUGUUGUGAACUGAAGACACCUUAAAAUAGUUGUUUGUCUUUGUGUUAUAUAUGCUUUGUUAAGAUAGUCCUUAUUUCAUUAUAAAUGAAUGUCUUAAUUUCAUGAUUAAAGCUGCACUCUCACAGAUUGACAGCAUUGGAUUGUUUUUAUUUAUUUUGUCUCAGAAUCAGCUGAUUUUGGCAUCAAUGUCUUAUAUUCUGUCCUAGAUAAUUUACUACAGAAACAAUCUCAAUUGUUUGGAAAAAUGCCGAAAACUUUCAUAUUUAAGUGUAAGUAGCACUUUUAGCCAUAAAACAUCGAGUUUCGAACGUAAAUAUGAAAACUGUAACCUGCUCUUUUGACAGCAGUCUUAUAUCACUGGUUUCCAAAAAUUUAGACAAAAAUUGGCUCAUUCCAAGACAAAAAAAUUAAAAAGAUGUCAAAAGAAUCGAUCUGUGAGAGUGCAGCUUUAAUGAAUGUCUUUAUUUCAUUGCUUAUGAAUGUCUUUAUUUCAUGACUAUUUCAUUAUUACGGCUUGUCAUUGUUGUAUUUAUUGUUAUUUGAUAGUGUUCUUAAGUUAUUGUAUUUUUUGGUUUUAAAAUGAUAAUGCGCUUGAAAAUAUGCAUCUUGGGUGUCUUGUUAGUGAUUUUAAGUUGAAUGUUUAUGAUUAUGUUAAAAUGGUGAUUGUUUUGAUUGCGAAAUCAUUAUAUAAUUUCUAACUGUAACUGUAUGUACUGGUACUAAAAGUCUUGAAAAUGGUUAAAUUUGAAGCCAACUUCACCUGGGACCAUGUUUACGAACAGUCUCAAGUCUGAGUCUCCACUGUCAAAUUUUUUGAAAACUGCAAAUGCUCAUUUUCAUUGUAAUUUUCUAUCUACCGGUAGUUGAAUUUUGAUGAUGAAAUUUGCUGAAUUUUAUUACUAUUUGAAAUAGUGCAAAUAUUAACAUUCAUUUUUGUACAACAAAUGAAAAAUAACGAUUCUUAGUAUUUCAAUAUAAGAGCCUUUCUGAGUCUGAGUCUGAAUCUAGACUCAGACUCGAGAGCGUUUGUAAAUCAUUGGCCUGGAGUUUUCGAAACUGAUAUAUAAAAAUUAAAUUAAUUCUAAAGUAUUAAUAUUAUAUGCAUUAUAGGGCUUUUUCGAGAAUGUCCAGGACUUUUAUUAUUCUAUAUAUAUAUUUCCUUCAAGUCGUAAAAGAAUACUGUUUAGAGAACCAUUUUUUUAUUAUUAUUUGAUUUCUUGAAAAUGCAAAAAAAAGGGGUUAAAACACUUUGGGCCGAUUGUUCAGAACUUCGUUAAAGUUAACAACGUGAUUUACAACAUCGUUGUUAACUUUUAAACUUAAAAUAUUGUAUGAUGUACUCUCAUAUUUAAAUAUAAAUAAGUACAGCUGAAACAGUUGUCUCAAAUCUUGUUAGAAAUACAUCAGAUCACAAUUGUAUCCAUUGAACUUGCCAAGAGCAGUAAUGAAUCAACAGUUAACAAGGAGGAGGUUAACAAUAUUGUUAACUUUAUCAGAAAAUACUGAAUAAAUCACACUGUAACACUGAAUUGAUGAAAAGAAAAUGAUUGUUUUAACAACCGAAAUAUUUUUAUACACUAUCCGAAAACAUGCCUUAUAUAAUUAACAUUUGUUUUAUAUAAAAUAAUUUGUUAUGAAUUUAAACCAAAGCAAAAACAAAUAUUGGGUUAUUUUUUGUGAAAAAAAAAAUACAUGUAUAUUAGAUAUAAAUGUUUUGGAGACUAUUUUAAUGUGGAAUUUAUUUUGUACAUAACCUACAAGUAUUACCGUACAAUGGCUUCACUUCAAAAAUGCAGAAGCUGCAAAGUCACAAGUUUUCAGUAGCAACAUUUUUAGUAUUUUCUUGGUAAUUUAAUCAUACAUUUUUUUUUUCAACAAAAUGCUGAAGUUACAAUUAUUGAAGUUACAAUUUCUGAAGAUUUGGCAUUUCUGUUUCACUGUGAGAUGUCCAAUAUGAUUUUCGACAUUUUGAUCACAUGAUAAAACACCAUUCUUUCAUUGGACUAUUUAUUCGUCAUUUUGCAGUUAGAUGUGGCUCAACUUUUAUGAUUUUAGGGUGUAUAAAUUCUGAAACCGUAAAAAAAUGCAGCUCGGCAUUUUGAAGUGAGGCCAUCGAUAAGCUACAUGUAUUAAGGUUUUAUGAAAUUUUCAGAAAUUAUACAUACAACAUAUUUCAGAACAUUACAUACCUUUAGUGGAAUAUACAUCACUUUAGCGAAAAACCAAUUUGCAUGGGAACACAGCAAUUUCAGAAAAUAUUAUUUGCACCAUAGAAUGUACAUUUUCCUGAAUAUUCCUUCAGAAUAAACAAUUUUUUAUGAAUUUUAUGAUCAGGUGCCAUAAUAAGAUGGAUAUCACCUUUUGUUUUCACUUCGGUAAUAAUUAGCUAACGAAUCUUUAGUCAUACAAGUGCCAUACUUUCACUUAGUCUUCGCAAAUGUAUAUGUAUGAAACCUCAACUUCAUGCAAGAGCUCAAUAUCUGCUUCUAUUUCAUUAUGUAUUUAUUGAGAAAUUGCACUAGGUUUACUGAACUUAGUUUGUAUGUUCAUAUCAUUUUUUGACGGUUAAAUGCAAGCAACGACACAGAUGUUAAUCUACUAAGCUUGUCUUUUUUUUGAGGGGGUGGGGAAUGAAGAGGGUGGGGCCUCGUUAGCUUCGUUGGCAUGCAGAAAUAUUAACCUAUUGCCAAGGCUUAAAAACAUUUAAGACAUUCAAAUGAAACUUGGUAUACUUUGUUAUUGCAACACAAUUAGGAAAGAAAUGAGUUUGAUUUGUACAUUGUAUAUGAUUGUUUGAAAUUAGCGUUGAUACAUGUUGAAAUGACAGAAUGAUAUUGCAUACUUGAUGUAUUAACUUGUCUGCAUUUCAAGGAAAUAUAGUAUAGAUAAUUGUCAUAUCCAUGCCGGUGUCUUGGAGAAACUUGAAACUUGGCCAUGAUUAACAAUUUAAACCUUUCAAGAUAUUGAAAACAUGUUGCCACAGACAUGAGGGCAGUCUUAAUACCCAACAUAUUCUAAUAUAGCUUUUUCGAAUGAAUAUUUGUGAGUAGUUCUUGUAUUUUCAAAAUAAUGAGCUUAAUAGGUAAUUUAAAGCAAAUUAGCUAGCAAUCUUUUCAACUUCAUUUCUCACACUUCAAAAUUAUUGAAUUGAAAUUAUUGACGUUUUGUUUUACACUCGUUGAUAAGGUGACCUCAAUAAACACAUGUAUAGCAGUACCCAUAACUCUGGCUCAAUUAAUUGUUGGAUUAUCCCCCUUUUUUACUGUAAAAUAACAGGCGAGCUUGGGUGCUCUUGAUUAUUUCCUACCUGUUAUAUUAUCUGUGUCAUUGUACACUUUCAAUCCUUUUAAUUAUCUUCAAUAUGUGUUAACUAUAUGUUGAUUAUUUUUUAAAUGUUUCUAACAUCUUGUAAAUUAUUUAUUUAUUAUGAAAUCAAAACCAAUCAUUUUAUUUUAAUGUAAAUGUUUAUAUUUACUUCUGAUAUUAUUUUUUUUGCACAUAAAAUUGUGUUUAAAAAUUAAAGUCGAAUGAAUUUCAAAUAUUAUAAAUGUUUCUGAUUGGUUGCUGAUAUAAUGGCAAUCAUUUAUUGAUUUAUUUUUUUGAAAAUGGCAAAUUUAUUUUUCUGUUUUCUCUUUUGUAUAAUAUGGUUAAGAUAUUUAUCUGAAUGUCUUUUUGUAUUAUUUUCCGCAGUAUUUUCUUAAAUGUCAGAACUAAAUGGUGUGAUUUAGAUCUGAAUUAAAAAAGAAAAAAUACAUUUAUAUUUAUGAGUCAAACAUAGCAACUAUAAUAUGUUUACAGUUUUUACAAAGUUAAAAAAGAAUAGAUUUUGCUUUUACUUAGGGUUUUUAAGUCUAAAGUCAGUACUUGAAUUAAGAAAAUAUAACAUAAUUACGUAGGCAGUGCGUGUUAAGUGUUUGUAAAAUUAUAUAUGUGGGUUUAUGUGUAAAUAUUUUAAUUGUUUAUUCAUGAUACAUAGUUUUGUAUAUAUUAUGGUUGGAGAUUGCAAAUGUGCCUUUGAUGUCUUAAAGUUGUUGUCUGGUUCAAUCCAACUUGGUCACAAGGUAAAUAUGCCUUUGAUGUCUUAAAGUUGUUGUCUGGUUCAAUCAAACUUGGUCACAAGGUAAAUGUGCCUUUGAUGUCUUAAAUUUGUUGUCUGGUUCAAUCAAACUUGGUCACAAGGUAAAUGUGCCUUUGAUGUCUUAAAGUUGUUGUCUGGUUCAAUCAAACUUGGUCACAAGGUAAAUGUGCCUUUGAUGUCUUAAAUUUGUUGUCUGGUUCAAUCAAACUUGGUCACAAGGUAAAUGUGCCUUUGAUGUCUUAAAUUUGUUGUCUGGUUCAAUCAAACUUGGUCACAAGGUAAAUAUGCCUUUGAUGUCUUAAAGUUGUUGUCUGGUUCAAUCAAACUUGGUCACAAGGUAAAUAUGCCUUUGAUGUCUUAAAGUUGUUGUCUGGUUCAAUCAAACUUGGUCACAAGGUAAAUAUGCCUUUGGUGUCUUAAAUUUGUUGCCUGGUUGAAUCAAACUUGGUCACAAGGUUAUUUUACUUUUAGGAACUUGUGUGAGUUGCCAUCUGAUACAAAAAAUAUACCAAACACGUUGUGAAAAAUUAAUAAAGUGGGCCUUUGGUGAUCCGUGUAACUUUUCUGUGAAGAUUUUCCUAAAUUAUUUUUGUAUUAAAUGUAAUAAAUGUACGAUCAUUUUUAUCGGGUGGCACAUUGAUAGAAAAUACGUAAUCAUUGUACAUAUAGUACUUUUGAAACAGCAGUGUCGGGCAAUAAAUUGCAUGUAUCAUGUGAUUACUUACAUUAUGAUUUACAGUUAAUUAUACAUACAAAAACUGGUGAUAAAUAAUAAGAUAUAUAAAAGUUGUUUUGAUAGAACUUUUUUCAUGUUCAAAGAUUAAUGAUUUAAAUUUUUAUGUAUUAUAUAAAGUGUUAUAAAUUAUAAUUUCAUUUUUGUUUUUCAGAUUUUAACCUGUUUAUAUUGCAAAUGGUAUGCGUGAGCUGCAUACAUGUAUUUCAUUGGCUUAUUUUGAUACUGGACUACAUGAAAAAAAAUUAAUGGGUUAGUCCAUUUUUUUCAUGGGUUAGUCCAUUUUGUCAUGGGAUAGUCCAUUAUUGCAAUAUGUUGAUUAUUUGCGGUGUAUUUUUUCUAUUUGGAGGACGCAUGAAUGAUAUAUUUUUGUGUGUUUUAUUUUGAGUGUUUGAUGCAAAACUAUAUUAAAUGUAUUCAUUUUACAUUCUCAAUGCAAACCCGUCCUAACUCCUGCUAAUUGUGUACAGAGUUAUGUGUGUUUCGCGCUGAGCUUUUGUUUUGCACCUGCCCUCGAUAUUUGUUUAUUGACUGCAAACUGUUGUAACUUAAUCUUUAUUUAUAUGCAGUUACACUGGUGUAAUUUCGUGUACUUAAAUGUCUCUUUUGUGGCAUUUACCAUGAUAUACGAAUAAAUACUAUAUUUAUAUCA